AAACAACAACAACAACAACAACAGCCAAACCAGUUGGCUAAUAUUUAUCUCGAGUCAUCCGUGUCAUCCGUCAUUAUUUCCCAGGUUGACUUAUGCAGAUAAUUAAAACAGCGAGAAAACAGAGUAAAUAUAUCAAGGUGAGCACUGGUGGGCUGGGAGCUUCAGAAGUGAAGGUGGCAGUUGGCCUGCUGUCUCAGCGGCAGGCAAGAUGCAUCUCUACAACCUUACCUUGCAGCGUGCUUCGGGAAUCACUCAUGCCGUCCAUGGCAACUUCUCCGGCACACGCACCCAGGAACUGGUGGUGUCUCGGGGACGCUCAUUGGAGCUCCUCCGUCCCGAUCCCAACACUGGCAAGGUUCAUACCAUUCUGACGACGGACAUAUUUGGGGUGAUCCGCUCGCUGAUGGCCUUCAGACUGACUGGAGGCAAUAAAGACUAUGUUGUUGUUGGCUCUGAUUCUGGACGAAUUACCAUCUUGGAGUACAAUCAGGCCAAGAACCAGUUCGAGAGAAUCCACAUGGAGACCUUCGGCAAGAGCGGGUGUCGACGUAUCGUCCCUGGACAGUACCUGGCCAUUGACCCUAAGGGAAGAGCUGUCAUGAUUGGGGCCGUCGAGAAGCAGAAGCUGGUGUACAUCCUCAACCGAGAUGCUGCAGCCAGACUCACCAUCUCGUCGCCCCUGGAGGCCCACAAGAGCAACACGCUCGUGUAUCACACCGUUGGCGUUGAUGUUGGCUUUGAAAAUCCUCUGUUUGCGUGCUUAGAGAUUGACUAUGAGGAAGCUGACACAGAUCCAACAGGCGAGGCGGUGCACAGAACGCAGCAAACGCUUACGUUCUAUGAGCUUGAUCUUGGACUGAAUCACGUUGUGAGGAAGUACCAUGAGCCACUGGAGGAACACGCAAACUUCCUCAUCUCCGUUCCAGGUGGUAAUGAUGGUCCAUCUGGGGUGUUAGUUUGCUCGGAAAACUACAUCACGUACAAGAACUUGGGCGACCAGCCUGAUAUCCGUUGUCCAAUUCCUCGGAGAAGGAAUGACCUUGACGACCCGGAACGAGGAAUGAUCUUCAUCUGCGCAGCGACCCACAAGACCCGCUCCAUGUUCUUUUUCCUGGCCCAGACCGAGCAAGGAGACAUUUUCAAGAUUACCUUGGAAACUGACGAAGACGUCGUGACGGAGAUCAAGCUCAAAUAUUUUGACACCGUGCCGCCAGCAACUGCCAUGUGUGUCCUCAAGACGGGUUUCCUCUUUGUUGCAUCAGAGUUUGGUAAUCAUUAUCUAUACCAGAUUGCUCAUCUUGGUGACGACGACGACGAGCCAGAAUUCAGCUCGGCCAUGCCACUUGAAGAAGGGGAUACGUUCUUCUACGCUCCCAGACAGCUGCAGAAUCUUGUACUGGUCGAUGAACUUGACUCCCUCUCCCCCAUCAUGGCCUGCCAGAUUGCUGAUUUGGCCAAUGAAGAUACGCCCCAGCUGUAUACAGUGUGUGGAAGAGGCCCACGGUCAUCCUUGCGGGUGUUGCGUCACGGUCUGGAGGUGAGCGAGAUGGCCGUGUCGGAGCUGCCCGGUAACCCUACUGCUGUGUGGACCGUCAGGAAGCGAAGUGAAGAUCAGUAUGAUUCGUACAUCAUUGUGUCCUUCGUUAAUGCCACGCUGGUACUGAGUAUCGGAGAAACUGUAGAGGAAGUGACGGAUUCUGGCUUCUUGGGCACCACCCCGACAUUGGCUUGUUCCCAGCUCGGUGAUGAUGCAUUGGUACAGGUUUACCCAGAUGGCAUUCGUCACAUCCGUGCUGAUCGGCGUGUCAAUGAGUGGAAAGCUCCGGGCAAGAAGACUAUUGUACGAUGUGCCUUGAACCAACGUCAGGUUGUUAUUGCACUGACGGGAGGAGAAAUUGUCUACUUUGAGAUGGACCCGACCGGACAACUAAACGAAUAUACAGAGAGGAAGGAGAUGAAGAGUGAUGUUAUCUGUAUGGGUGUCGGCCGUGUGCCUGUCGGGGAGCAGCGCUCGCGGUUUUUGGCCGUUGGUCUCUCGGAUAACACAGUCAGGAUCAUCAGUCUCGAUCCUAAUGACUGUCUGACUGUACGAGGAAUGCAGGCGCUGCCGGCUCUGCCCGAGUCUCUGAGUAUAAUUGAGAUGGGAGGCCAGGAAGGUGCAGACAACGAGCCUCGCACACUGGGCGCGCUCUACCUCAACAUCGGCUUGCAGAAUGGUGUGUUGCUGCGUACGGUUCUGGAUUCUGUGACGGGCGACAUGUCGGACACCCGCACACGUUAUUUGGGUUCCCGGCCUGUCAAACUCUUCAGAAUCAUCAUGCAAGGGAAUGAAUCGGUGCUGGCCAUGUCGUCGAGAUCGUGGCUGUCCUACUACUACCAGAACAGGUUCCACCUGACGCCGUUAUCUUACGAGAGCCUGGAAUAUGCGGCCGGGUUCUCGUCAGAGCAGUGUCCUGAGGGUAUUGUGGCCAUCUCCACCAACACACUGAGGAUCUUGGCUCUGGAGAAGCUCGGAGCCGUCUUCAACCAGGUGUCCCAUGCACUAGAGUACACACCACGCAAGUUUGUCAUCCAUCCCGAGAGCGGACACCUGGUGCUGAUUGAGACGGACCACAAUGCCUACACGGAUGACACCAAACGUCAGCGCAAGAUGCAGAUGGCAGAGGAACUGCGAGAGGCAGCAGGGGAGGAGGAAGCAGAGGUUGCCGAGAGGAUGGCAGAAGCGUUACUCUCCGAGGACCUCCCAGAUGCCGUGUUCGGAGCCCCAAAGGCCGGUCCUGGCAUGUGGGCCUCCGUGGUGCGCAUCAUUGAGCCCAUCCAGGGCAAUACGUUACACAUGAUCAGAUUGGACCAAAAUGAGGCAGCCUUCAGCAUUGCAUUGGUGAAAUUUGCCAACCAGACGGAUAUGGACCAGCAGUACCUCUUGGUGGGCACCGUCAAGGACUAUCAGCUGAGUCCCCGGCAGGUGGACUGUGGCUACAUAUACUGCUACAAAGUCGUCAUGGACUGCACCAGUCUAGAACUCCUUCAUCGAACGGAAGUUGAGGACAUUCCCACAGCCAUAUGCUCGUAUAAUGGUAGAGUUUUGAUUGGGGUCGGCCGCUUAUUAAGAAUAUAUGACCUAGGCAAAAAGAAGCUGCUUCGAAAGUGUGAAAAUAAGCACAUUCCAAAUCUGAUCGUGGAUAUCAAAGCCAGAGGCCAGCGUGUAUUUGUCAGUGACGUUCAAGAAAGCAUGUUUGUUCUGAGGUACAAACGUCAUGAGAAUCAGCUCAUUAUAUUUGUGGAUGACACAAAUCAGCGCUGGGUGACCACGUCCUGCCUUUUGGACUUUGACACUGCUGCUGUCGCCGACAAGUUUGGCAACAUUGCUGUGGUACGGCUGGGCAGCGACAUCAACGACGACGUUGAUGAGGACCCCACCGGCAACAAGGCGCUCUGGGACCGUGGUCUUCUGAACGGAGCUUCGCAGAAGGCGGAAGUGAUCGCCAACUUCCACGUAGGGGAGACCGUCAAUACGCUAGAGAAAGCUACACUGAUCCCUGGAGGAAGCGAGUCACUGGUGUACACAACGUUGAGCGGGACGGUGGGAGUGUUGGUGCCCUUCACGUCUCGGGAAGAUCACGAACUAUUCCAGAACUUGGAAAUGCACAUGCGCUCGGAGCACCCACCGCUCUGUGGGAGAGACCACCUCUCCUUCAGGUCCUAUUUCUUCCCCGUCAAGAAUGUUAUUGAUGGAGACUUGUGCGAACAGUUUAAUAUGGUGGAUCCAGGCAAACAAAGAAGUAUCUCAGAAGAUCUGGACAAGACUCCCAAUGAAUUGUCCAAGAGAUUAGAAGACAUAAGAACUCGUUAUGCCUUCUAAAGAUUAUAUAUUAACAGUAUUCCUGUAGUUGUUUCACUGACAAUAUCUGCCACAGAGCCUCAUUGCACGGACAAUAUCUGCCACAGAGCCUCGUUGCACGGACAAUAUCUGCCACAGAGCCUCGUUGCACUGACAAUAUCUGCCUCGAAACAUUGUUGCACCAACACCAUCUGCUGCAGCACAUUGUUGCACCAACAUCACCUGCUGUAGCACAGUGUUGCACCAACAUCAUCUGCUGCAGCACAUUGUUGCACCAACAUCACCUGCUGUAGCACAGUGUUGCACCAACAUCAUCUGCCACAAAGCCCUUGUGCCAGUAAACUUUGAAAAUCUCUACCCAUCCUCCACAAAUGAUAGAUCCUAUAGCUGUUAUUGAGGGAGUGUCCAAAGUCUACAUUUAUCCAAGAAAGAUUCAUGUUUUGUACUGUUUAUGUACUAAAAAGGAUGUACUGCCAGAAAGUUGAACAAUAAGCAUGAACCUGGGCCGAGUUUAGUACAUGAACACACUGUACGAGGCCUGGCAAUGUUUGAAGUUAGGUUGUUUGUAUCU